GUAUCCCUUUAUGCAGAAAUCAAAAAUGGGUGAUAAUUUGUUGUUUUUACCUGAAACAAGUUUGCAGCAGCCUACAGGAACGCCCAUAAGACAAAAACUGACACCCACGGUUUCUUUUGACAAUUUAGUGUCACACUGGGACCUAAAUAAUUUAGAGAGUUUAGGUCUUUUCAAUGCAGAGAAGCCUGUUGACAUCAACACACUACCAAGGAUUUGUAUACAAAUCCUUGACACUACUUAAUAAAUGGCUGUCCUACAAUUCACAAAUAUCGAAUUUGUCACCAAAUUUGAAGACAUUUAUAACACUUCUAGAACGAUUUCUAAAUUUUAAUGUCAGUUUACCAAAUGAUUAUUCUGAAGGUGAACGAAGGGAAGAUAGACAAGCCCGAUGGACAAAUGAAAUGGAAGCAUUAGCCAGGUGCAAGAUCGAGGCAGAUAAAGUGUAUAGAUAUGAAGAAUUUAUUGAUAAUGAAACUGAAAUUGAUAAUGAUUUAUUAUGUCUGUUUGAUAGUAUAAUGUCAUCUGUGAGAGAGUUUUAUGUCGACCUGAAACAAUUUAUGGUAGACAGCAAACUAAAUCGCUGUACAGAAGGGUCAUAUAGAGAACUCUGCAGAACAUUUUUAAAAACAUGUGGACUUGGAACCAGUAUUGGAACAAAACUCAUGGUGCUGUAA